GUUGCUCGGCUAGUCAAGAGAUCAGUCAGCUAAAAAAAAUAACAAUGUUGAGAAUUACGAUCCGGGCGGACGUGGGAGCCCUCUGGGUGUUAUUCUGCAUCACCUAUUCCCAGUUCUUGACCGUCUCCUCCGACGACGUCGUGGUGGCGUGCGGCGGCUUCGUGAAAUCCGACGUUGAGAUCAACUACUCGCUGAUCGAGAUCAAACUGUACACCAAACAAGGUUCCUUGAAAUAUCAAACUGAUUGUGCUCCAAUCAAUGGCUACUUCAUGAUCCCUCUCUAUGAUAAGGGAGACUUUGUUUUGAAGAUUGAGCCCCCUCUCGGGUGGAGCUUUGAACCGACCAGUGUCAACCUCCAUGUGGAUGGAGUGAGUGACAUCUGUACGAAAGAAGAAGACAUCAACUUUGUUUUCACUGGCUUCUCAGUUUCCGGAGCGGUUCUGAGUAAAGGCCAUAUCCUGGGUCCAGCUGGUGUAGAAGUCAGACUCACCCGAGCGGGAACAGAGGAGCGACUUCAGAGCGUCCUCACACAGCCCGGAGGGAAGUACACCUUUUCAAAAAUACUUCCUGGAAAUUAUGACAUCACAGCUGCCCAUCCCUCCUGGACUCUGGAGCAGAGCACCACCUCCGUGCUCGUCUCCAACGCCAACGCCCCGGCCGUCGACCAUCUGGUCGUCGGGGGCUACGAUGCCUCGGGGGAGGUCCGCAGUGAUGGGGAGCCCAUGAAAGCGGUCACCUUCCUGCUGUACUCGGCCAAUGUGAAGAAAGAGGACAUUGGGGGCUGUAACACGUCUCCAGUGGAGGGGGCCGACCCUGGGGACAACGCCCUGGUCUACAUGUGCAGCGCUUUAUCCAGAGAAGACGGGACCUUCGUCUUCCCCUCACUGGCCAGCGGCGAGUAUACCGUGGUGCCCUUCUACCGGGGAGAAAGGAUCACCUUUGAUGUCGCUCCUUCGAGGAUGAAUUUCAACGUGGAGCACAACAGUUUGAAACUGGAGCCCAUCUUCCGCGUCAUGGGCUUCUCUGUGACCGGCCGAGUCCUCAACAGCGUGGGUGGGGAAGGCGUCCCCGAUGCCACGGUGUACAUCAACAAUCAGAUCAAAGUCAUCAGCAAGGAGGACGGUUCUUUCCGGUUGGAGAACAUGACGGCCGGCUCGUACACCAUCCGGGCCAGCAAGGAGCUCAUGCUCUUUGAGCCAAUCACAGUGAAGAUCGCCCCCAACACGCCCCAACUUCCUGACAUCAUCGCAGCCGGGUUCAGUUUGUGCGGCCAGAUCUCCGUCAGCCGCUUGCCCGAGGGCAUGAAGCAGCAGGGCCGCUACAAGGUCACUCUGACGCACCAGGGCCAGGAUAAGGCCUCCAGCAGGACCACCGACUCGGACCCCCAGGGCGCCUUCUGCUUCCAGGCCAAACCCGGAGACUACAGGGUCCACGUGACGCUCCCCGAGUCGGAGGUGAAGGCGGGCCUCUCUCUGCAGCCUCAGGCCCUGGAGGUCUCCCUGGUGGACCGGCCCCUCACAGACCUGCUCUUCUCCCAAUUCUUGGCUUCAGUCUCUGGAAAAGUCUACUGUUUAGCGUCCUGCGAUGACCUCUCGGUGACCCUGCAACCAGUGAGUCGGCAGGGAGAGCGGAGAACGGUGGCUCUGUCGGGCAGCAGUGACGUCCUCAGCUUCUCCUUUGACGAUGUUUUACCCGGGAAAUACAAAGUGAGCAUUCCUCAAGAGGAGUGGUGCUGGAAGCACAAGUCUACGGAGGUGGAGGUUCUGGACUCCGAUGCCCUGGGGGUGGAGUUCAGACAGAUUGGCUACAUCCUGCGCUGCUCCCUCUCCCACGCCAUCACCUUGGAGUUCUUCCAAGACGGCAGCAAGCCCGAGAACGUCGGCGUGUACAACCUCUCGAAGGGAGUCAACCGCUUCUGCCUCUCGAAACCUGGUGUUUACAAAGUCACCCCUCGCUCCUGCCACCAGUUCGAGCAGGACUUCUACACCUACGAUACCUCGGCCCCCAGCAUCCUGACCCUCACCGCGGUGCGGCAUCACAUCACCGGGCUCAUCACCACCGACAAGAUGCUGGACGUCACGGUUACCAUCAAGUCGUCCAUCGAGAGCGAGCCGGCGCUGGUGCUCGGUCCCCUGCGCAGCCUGGAGGAGCAGCGGCAGGAGCAGCAGCUGCAGGAGAUCCAGCUGCGGCGCCAGGAGCGAGAGCGCCGCGCCGCCGAGGAGGCGGACGGCGGCGCGGCCCGAGACGAGAGCCCGCCCAUCCAAGAGAAGGCCGACGAGCUGACCGGCCCCUUCCACUACGAGUUCUCCUACUGGGCCAGGGCUGGAGAGAAGAUCACAGUGACGCCCUCAUCCAAGGAACUGCUCUUCUACCCUCCUGAGGUAGAGGCCACUAUCACUGGAGAGUCGUGUCCGGGUCGUCUGGUGGACAUCGCAGGGCGCGCCGGUCUCUUCCUGGAGGGCAAGGUGUCCCCAGAGCUCCAGGGUGUGGAGAUCUCCAUCACUGAAAGAGGAGCUGCUGCUCCACUCAUCACCGUGGCCACCAGUGAGAUGGGAGCCUACAGCGUGGGGCCGCUCCACAGCGACCGGCAGUACAACAUCAGUGCCAGUAAAGAAGGCUUCAUCCUCAGCCCCGUGGAGGGAACCCGGGGGGAUUUCAAGGCCUUCGCUCUGGCUGGCGUCACCUUCAAGAUCAGAUCGGAGGAGGGUGUUCCCCUGUCGGGCGUCCUCCUGUCUCUGAGUGGAGGACAGUUUCGCUCCAAUCUGUUGACUCAGAACACCGGCCUGCUCACGUUUAAUAACCUGAGUCCCGGUCAGUAUUACUUUAAGCCCAUGAUGAAGGAGUUCCGCUUUGAGCCGGUGUCUCAGAUGAUCACAGUGGACGAAGGUCAGAACCUCAGUAUCGACAUCACGGGCAUUAAGACCGCGUACAGCUGCUACGGAGCGGUGCAGUCCCUCAGUGGGGACCCGGAGCGGGACGUGGCCGUGGAGGCGUUGGGGCAGGCCGAGUGCAGCCUGUACAGCGAGGACACCGUCACCGACGAGGAGGGUCGCUUCAGACUCCGGGGUCUGUUGCCGAGUUGCAAAUAUGUAAUCCAGCUGCGAGCAGAAGGCAACGACCACAUAGAGAGGGCCUUACCGCAACAAAGAGCGAUUGAGGUCGGCAGCACCGACAUCGAAGGGGUCAACAUCAUCGCCUUCAGGCUCAUCAACCAGUUUGACCUCAGUGGAAACGUCCACACGACCUCUGAACACCUCGCCACGCUAUCGGUGAAGCUUUACAAAAGUGACAAUCUGGACAACCCGAUCAACAGCGUCUCUCUGGGGCAGUCGCUCUUCUUCAACUUCCCCCCCCUGGACCGAGACGGAGAGAGCUACGUCCUGAUGCUGUACUCCACGCUGUCCCGCUCGCAGUACGACUUCACGCUGCCUCAGGUCACCUUCACGGCCAACGGCUACCACAAGCACGUCACGCUCACCUUCAACCCCUCCCGUAAGGUUCCCGACCAGGACGUCGCCCAGGGCUCCUACAUCGCUCUGCCCCUCACGCUGCUGCUGCUGCUGGCCGCGUACAACCACGAGAAGGUCAUCCCCUUCCUGCUGCAGCUGGUGAACCGCCUCCAGGGCGUGAGGAGCAUGGCGCAGGCCAGCGGGGACAGCGCCGCUAUGGAUGAAGCCAAGCGGCAGGCGAAGAGGCCGAAGGCCAGGCGCACAUGAGGACGCCACGGCUCGCCUCCGACCACACCCCGGGACACUAAAUGGUACGCUUGUAGCCAUGGCGACCGCCUCACAGAGCACUGCGCGGUACAAAGCUCUUUUAAAGCGUGGAGCGGCUCGUCGUGGACGCCGGUGAACCGUUCGGUGCACUGAGAUGUGAUGAGAGAAGCGCAACACGAGCCACGCCACCCGCAUGACCACCACCUCCUCAUCGGCCAAUCGGAGUCACUGGACUGAGCUGACGCUUUACAGGUUGCUUUUUUCUGUUUUUGUUUUUACUCCAGAACUUAUCGUUUUCAGAAAAUUGUUAAUAUUUGUGAUAGAAUAUGAGCCAUUUUUAUACCUUUGUAAUUUAUCUAGGUCAACAAAAACAUUUUGUUUGUGUUUUUUAAAAGCACUUUGAGUGCUUUUGAUAUCAGUUCUAACAUAGCUGUGAGGCACCGAGGGCGAUCGAGUGUCUCGCCAGCAUUCUGGUCGAUUAAAAAAUAAUCACACCCAAUUUGUGAAAGAUCUAAUUAUAAUUUCCAGUAUUGGAUAUAUAAAAUAAGUUUAAUUUAAUUGAUUACUGUGAAAUCAAAUGCGGAUCAAUAAGAUUUUGAACUUGUGAAAUGAUCAGAAAUAUUUGUUUUGUAUUCCUGGUUGCGUGUCAUUUGUCAAUGUAAAUGUGUACAUUUGUAAUGAAUAUUAUAUUUCUUUUUUUUAACUUCAUUUCACAAGCUCCACCUCUUUUUGACCUGUGUUUGUCCCGGUAAAUCUGACGGGACACUGGGGUGAUUAUUAAAAAAAAAAAAUUAAAUGCCAUCACAGAUGUGGGAUGGCGUAACGGCGGCCGACGUCGUUGACAAGCUAAUUGAUUAAUAAAUCCUUUGCGUCACACGACGUUACGCCGAUGUGCUCGUCUUCCGAUGGCGUUUCAUAAGCUGCUCGGUGUGACGCAAGAGUGACUUCCUGUCAGUUUCAGUUUGGGGAAAGUGGGCGUCGAUAGUCGGCGGGACAUUUGGGUUUGAAUCCUGUUUGACUAGAAAUAUAGUUUUCUUUGCUGUGGGGGCGGGGAGACAUGAGGAGAUAACAGAUAGUUGAUUAAUUUAUUAACAUGUCUAAUCAGACAUCUAUGAUAGCCUCGUUUGUAUGCUGGGGAGUUUCCUUCAGAAGUGUUUUUUUUUAAUUUAAAGAUUGUGACAAGUUAGCAGCUCCAGAUUUAAGAAGACUGACAUCCACAGAAGGAAUUAUGAAUUUUAAUAUCUACAAAGGGUCCGUCACGACCUUGAGUAAAAUUUGGAAAGAUAAGGUGGAAUGGCUCAUCAGCUCCUUGUGUUGCCACCGAGCUGCACUGUGAAAACUAUGGACCCCAAUUAUGAUUCUGUAUGUAAUUAAUCUCUCGGUUGUGGUUCCUCUUGAUGGGAAAAGGCCGCUGACUACUGAGCUGAGAGUCCAAUAGAGCUGCAUUUGAUUAGUUUGUUCAUGAGGGAGGGAGGAGGGUGGGGGGCUGUGAUUGUCAUUUGGUCCGAAUCUGUAAAAUAAAUAAGUUGAGAUCUUUAAUAAAGUUUGACUGGAAGGAAAUGAA